AUGUGUAAACCCUAUAAUCGCAAGGCAGCAAAAAACACGUUACGAAAAGCAUGGGGACUAGACAAAGAACUGCAGAUUUCAGAGGUGGACUCCAACCUCUUUCAAUUCAAGUUCCAAUCUGACUAUGAACUUGAACGGAUUCUGAAGGGAGGGCUGUGGACUUUCGACAACCAACUCUUGAUGCUUACUCGGUGGAGAAUAGGGAUAAGUGCUAAUAAUGUAGUUUUGGAGCAUGCAUCACUGUGGGUGCAAAUAUGGGGAGUGCCGUUUGACAUGAUGUCUCCAACGGUGGCGAUGAAGAUUGGAAAAAAGAUGGGAGUGGUGGAGGAUGUGGAACGACGAAGACGGACAGAUGAUCAGAAUUUAUUCCUAUGGGUAAGGGUUGCCUUACUCAUAUCCAAACCUCUCCGUAGAGGUGGUUUCUUGUUGGGAUUGGAUGGGAGAAGGCAUUGGGUAGAUUAUAAGUAUGAAAGGUUACCAUUGUUUUGUCAUUACUGUGGGAUCCUUGGGCAUGAUAUUCGUCACUGCCCACCUCACUUUGAAGCUUCAAAAUAG